GCUCUUGCCGAAAGCAUCGUGGACGCAUUUGGCAACGACGCCCUCCUCAACAUGCUGCGGACCGAGGACCAGUUCACGCAUGCCGCGUUUGUGUGCGAGGCAUUCCUGCACAAGUACCAGAAGGAAGGUGUGAAGGACCUGGACCUGCCGCCCUGCUACAAGGACAGCUACCAGGCCAUUCGGUUGGCCUGUUCAGGAAUCCUUGCCAUCUAUACACCCAUUCCGGGAUAUGGCGGCAGCAGCGCGGGUGACGCUGCGGCUCUGUUGCAGUACAACGGCAAUAACAGCCUGCUCAAUGCUGUGAAGCGCUUGCUGACAAGUACGGAGGCCUGGAAAAAAGCUGUCAUGGAGACUUUGGCCCUUGGCGCUGUGGCUGUCAAGGAAGGUCCUCGUCUACGUCAGCUCACCUCGUUGGUGGAAGAGCGCAAGGACAAGGUGACCAUGACGGAUGAGUUCGCUGAAGGCUUGGACUGCCUGCGCAACCUCAGCUCAGAGCUUCGAGCAGGAGCCAUGGAGGAGCUGGAGAACGCUUUGGCUCAGCGGGCUAAGGUCUUGGCGAGGGCCUACGUUCAGGUCACGGACGUGUCCACGAUUGAUGUCAAGGACCUCUCGCUGAUCUCCUAUGCGUUGGGCAGACUUCUACAGUUUGAGGGAGUUGCGGAUGCAAAGCGCUGCUUUGAUGAGUGGCAGGGUGGACUGGCUCAGGCGCUGUGCUCGCAGGAGCUGCAAGGCAUGGCGCAGCGGUACGAGUUGAAUCCUGAAGCCGGGCUUGACAUUGCCGAGCUGCUGGGUGUCCUCAAGAAAGUGCAGAACGCCAAGGACGUUCCCGUCACGCAGCCAGCGUUGGUGUUGUUGGGCGCGCUGCGCGCCGCGAUUGCGCACAAGGUCGUCAAACAGGAGGAAGUUCCCACGCAAACCAUCUCCGUUUGCGAGAGCUUCUUGAAGAUUGUCUUCGCAGACCACCCGGGUCAGGCGUGGCUUCAGAGUCAACUGGAGCUUGUGAAAGCUGUCGAGGUAAGGCGGAUGCGGCUUUCCGCUUGGAUGAAGCUGGGUCAGUCUGCAGAAGAACGUUUGGGGCAUGAUCAGAAAACAGCACGCUUUGCCGGUCUGCUGCAGGCCAGCGGACAGCUGGAGAAGGCAGCCAAGGACGCUGCGAAGCUGCAGAAGAAGCUGGAGGCUGAGGCUAAGGACGACCAGAACUUCCCGGAUGCCAUCCUCGAGUUCAACUUCGGCAGUCUGACGCAACCAGACAGCGACGAGCUGGCGACCGAAGUGGGAGCGUGGCUGAAGAUGGUCAAGCAGCAGCUUGUGGAUGCAGGCAAGCGGUUGAGCGAGCAGUGCAAGGAUUUCCAUCUGCCCGAGAGCAGCUGGAAGCUACAGAUCCAGACUCCAGACAAUGAGCAGCCCAGCUUCGCGAAGGUCAUGGAAGUGGCUGGCUCCCUCCUGGACGACUUGGACGCUGAGGGGCUGGCAGCCACUCUCAAAGACAUGCUGAAG